AUGAAAACUCUUCUUUUCAUCAUUUGUGUUGCAUCUGCAUUGGCAUCACAUGCAUACUUGUACCCAUUCAAUGACAACAGUGUAAGUGAUUUAGAAGGUCUAAAUCAAAAGCAAAUAGCUUAAUUGAUAAAAUACAAUAUCGGAUUAGUCGAACACAUUUCAGCAGACUAACAAAAAGUGUUUGAACAAUUGAUAAAAUCUUUUGGCAAAGGCAAUAUCUUAUCACCUGCAAAUAUGAACUAUAUGAUUCUAAUUGAGAGUGAGAAAUUAUAUCAAGGAUAAGAGUUGAAAUAAUAGAGAAUAACAGAAGGAUUCUCUUAAAGCUUUAAAGUAUUGGAUAAAGAUCCAAAACCAAUUAUGGAUUUCCUCUUUGGACAAGAAAGUGACACUUUAAUUUAGAGAGCAUACAAGAUUUACAACAAUAAUAAUUUGGGAUUCAAAGUCUACUAGAAUGAGGAUGACUUGGAUAUCAAUUAUUUAUAAUGGACAAUUACACUGUACUUGGGCAAAAAUAAUGAAGUUUAUUUUUAUGAACCAAACAAAGAUAAAUCUUAUAAAGUCGACUCCAGUUUAGAAAAGUGUGUAAAUACCUUCUUCGGAACAACAUUCGAUUAUUCAUCUAAAGAAAAUAAAAUAUAUAAAUACAACACAAACGAAAUGAUUGAAAUCACUAAAGACAACGAAGAUUAGAUUAUUGGAUUCUUAAAAGAUGUUUGUGCAAUGAAUAAAUUAUCCACACUUUUUAAAAAAUCUAAUUAACCCAACAUGUUAUCAAUCAUAAAUAAGUCUAUUUCCAAAUUAGAAAAAAUCAUGAAGGAACCAGAAAUAGAAAUGAUCUAUGACAUGAUGAGAAUCACUCACAAGAAACUUUCCAAAAACUUUAGAAAUACCUUUGAAAAUGAAGAAUUAUUCGGUCUCAUUUUGGUGGAGUAAGAAAAGAAUCCUCAAAUUACAACAACCAAAGAAUCAGCCAAAAUUUAAAGAAUUCUAUUGGAAACAAGAACAAGAAUGUUAAACUAAGUUACUUAAACUAACUCUUCUGGAUAUGUUAUGGAUGCAACCACAUAUCAAAUAUAUGUUUGGUUCGGAGUGUUCUUUGUCGUAGUCUUGAUUGGCAUCAUCUAUGCAAUGGUCACUAUGGAUAUCUAAAAGGAUACUUUAUUGUAUGCUAAAUUCUUAACAACAGAUCAAAGAGCAUGAUUAGUAUAUGUAAUUAUACCAAACAUAUUAUCUUUAAAUUAAAC